AUGACGUUCUCUUCUAAAGUAAUCAAAAUCGAAACAAUCUCCCCUUCAUCGGAGAUAAUUGCCCAUAACGAUGAUCUCUUAACCGAAAUCCUUCUCCGUCUACCUAUCAAAUCUCUCCUCAAAUUCAAGUGCGUAUCUAAGCACUGGCUGUCUCUCAUCUCCGAUCCUCUCUUCUAUCUUCGUCUUAAUCCCACAAACUGCCCUUGUGCUCUCAUGGUGCAUAAAUGGUCGCGUUUGGACAACCCAGAAUUCUACUUCAUCAAGCUUGGUUCCAACUCAAAACUCUCCUUCAGAACCCUGCAUUUUGUUAAUAACUCAUCAGUUAUCAAAAUCUUCCAGUCCUGUAAUGGGUUACUAUUGUGUAAUAGUUUCUGCAAAAAUUUAUGGAAACUAAACUAUUACGUUCACAAUCCAACUACCCAGCAACGGAAAUUACUUCCGGAAAUGAAUCAACUUGGUAAAAUUUAUGACCUUUAUUUAGCUUUUGAUCCGAGAAAAUCACCUUACUACAAAGUAAUCUGCGUACAUAGUUGCCACAUUUCACAAUCAGUAUACAGAAUACAGAUUUACUCAGCGGAAACUGGCAGGUGGGGGGUCUUAUCAACAGCGACUUUCACUCUGCCCUUCAAUAUUGGAUUUCAUGGAGGGGUUUUCUGGAAUAAUUCUAUCAACUGGUAUACAGAUUCAGGUUCAUCAAUACGUUUUGAUAUUGGGGAAGAAAAAGUGAAAGAAAUGCCAAUGCCUCCAAUGCGAGAUGCUUGUUAUAGGAGAAUGGUAACAUAUUUUGGCGAGUCUAGAGGACAUUUGCGCCUGGUUGAGAUUCACAGUGCACCCUCUACGAAAUUCAAUGUGUGCGAGAUGGAGAGGGACUACUCAGGAUGGUCAGUUAAGUACUGUGUUAAUCUUGAGAGCGUUGUGAGUGCAUUUCCUGGGAUGAUCAGACCCUACCUUGAUCCUUCGGAGUUGAAUUAUUAUGCUUUUCAAGUAAUAGGAAUUGAAAGGGAAGAAACCCACAAAGGGGAGUAUUUGGUGCUGCACAUACCUGCAAAAUUUAUAAGGUAUAAUUUGAAGGAUGGAAGUUUUAGGAAACUUUGUGAUUUUGCUCCGAAUUACAAGCCUGAGGAUGCCUAUACUUUUGGACAUUGUCAUGCUUAUAAAUACAUUGAGAGCCUUGCUUGUGUUUGA